AUGACAUUGAAGAUGCCAACUGCUACUUUACUGUGUGUUACCAAUCUGGAUGGGACAUCAGCUCUUUACAAACAACUCCAGAUAUGAUCCCAGAUCUGCAAUGUGGCAACAACACCGUCUGUUUCAAACCUGGUUCUGAUGACAUUUGCUCUAAUAUGACUUUCACCUUCACCUCCUGCACCAACACUUCCUUUCAGUUCAACAGAAGCAUCACCCGCGAUUUUUUAGAUGUCAAAAAUAUAAAUCAAACUGCUCCAACACAAUUUCCUGUAGAAUUUAAAGCAGAAUUACCUCCAAACUGCAACCUCUCCAUUAAUUACACCUGUCAUAUUUUCUAUCCUCGUCGAGGCUACUACCCAGAGAUUCACAGAUUCAAUGAGACUAAGAAUCUAUCUGAGCUGGAGCCGUUCACGGACUACGAGUGUAUCGGUCUCAUCAAGGACAAGAACAAUGUCAACGUAUACAACACAACUGAAGUCCACGUCCGGAUCGACUGUGAUCUCGAAAUAGACUUCACCAAUACCAGUACCACCAACACAUCCUCUCAGCUGACUUGGACCACGACCAGUAACAGAUGUAAAGACGUGUUUCAGAAUCUUCCAAAGCUUUUGUUCGACUGCCGCUGUGGAGAUUCAUCCCAACGUAUAAGGUUGUUAAAUCAGACUUCAGUAGGAACCUGCUACAUUACUGAUCUGCAGCCAUACACGGUCUACACCUGCUGGGUCCAACCCUCCAACGACUUGGAAGCCAGGAAGCCUUUUCAAGUUAAACAGAAAACUAAGAUUGGAGUACCAGAGGAUGUACAUAAUCUGAAGCUGGAGGUUAAAGACCAUAAUACGAUCAUUGUGACCUGCAAUCAUUCUCAAAUCUUCAAUGGCCCUGAGAGAAUAUUCAAAGCACAACUUCAUGAUGGUGGUAGCUCUGUGGAAAGAAAUGAUGAAACAUGUGAAUUUGAAUUCAAGAACCUGAAGUACUCUACGAACUACACAGUGAAGGUGACUGCUGCCAACAGUCUGUUUGAGAGCAACCCCAUCACAAAGCAAAUUUCUACUGAAUAUGUCAAUUCUGGAAUUGUUUUUCACGUCUUCCACAUCCUCCUCACGUCUGUGGCUCUGCUGCUCGUCAUCUACAAGAUCUAUGACUUGAGGUCCAGGAAGUCCCAGUGGCCUGGAUGUCCCUGAAGGUGGAGCAGUCGAAGACGGCCGUGAUUGUCUUCUUUCCCGUCUUGUAGGGAUAAAAGAAGAUGUUGAUACGGAACUGUUGUUUUGGUGCCAGGUCCGGGAGCCUGGGAGAGACACAGAG